UGUCUGCAAGGAUAUCCACCACCUCCCUGGGCAACCUGUGCCACUGCUUCAUGGAAGAGAAUCACAGCAUCAUUCAGAUUGGAAAAGACCUCUAAGACGACCAAGUCCAACCCCAGCUACCUCCAUGAAGCUAGGCCAAAAUCCCUAGCCAAAAUGUGCUCAGUAUCUUUGGUAUUGCAUUUGGCAGAGGUUCAAAAUCCUGAAUUUUACAGAUGAAAAAAAAAAGAAGAAGAAAAGCACCUCUAUCUUCUAUCUGCUCACCUCAGCAGUUAUGAAAUCUGGCAGUACUCUGGGGUUUGGGCAUCCUGUGCAACACAGUACUUCAGGAAGUGGCUGAUUAAAGGCAGGCACAUGCAGAGCCUCAGAACAAUUAAAGGAGCCACUGAGGAGGCAAGUGAUUCAAGAGCAGGGCUCAAAGGGUUCUUUUCUCCUGCACGGCGCCCUUUCUGCUAAGGACCCUGCAGGAGAAGCCAAGCUGCAGCCUCAAGCCUCCCAUCCAGGUUGCUAACAUCAAAAGCCUCUCUUGCAGUUCUCACUACCAGCUGUGGUGCUGUUUCACUGGUCUGAAGAGCCACUGGCACACACUUGGGUGUCUGCAGGGAUCUCUUCAGGGCUUGUAUUUCCAGAGGAGCCUGUGAGGCUGCCAGGACAGCUUCCAGCCAUCUGCUUCCUGCAGUGCAGUAUCUGCAGCCCUGCUCUCCAUAGCACUUAAAUCUGAAGUGAAGAGGAUUUCCUGGGACAGGACAAACACGUUCAAAGCAUCUGUGUACCCGUGUGCCCGUGCCUCUACCUGGGGGAUGCUUGCACAUGAGCAUCCUUCUGUUUGGCUCUGGAAAUGAGGAAUCAAGCUUUCUUGCAAGAAAACCAUACAAUAGCUUGUGGCAAUUCUGUCAUAUAAAGAGAUAUACGAUUCUCUAUACAAUUCUCACAGUGUCAGCUCUAACAAAUAAUAUUUUAAGUGGCACUUUACAGAGCACCUUUCUCACUGGGGUAACAGCCCAGCACUUCCUGACAUAAAACAUCUGCUAUGUGGGAACACACACAGGGCUUGCUUGCUCUGCACCAUACAAGACAUCUCCUCCUCUAGAAGCACACAGCUGGAGAAGAACCUUCUUUCUUCCUUCUCCUAUGCAAGAGACAUCACCCAUCACAGUUCAAGCUCUCCAUGCACAACACACAAGGCACUCAACCAAUGCUUGGACCUGCUGUGGCCCCAACAUCAGGACAAUGGCACAACUCAUUGUGCUGUUGCCAUUCUCAGCCCAGCAAACAUGAGGGCAACACUAUGAGGGCUUUGUUCCACUGCCCACGCAGGUAAGGAGACAAAAAGCCUUUCACAAGAGCACGGGUGAGGGGGCAGCUGCCAGCCUCCUCCGCAAUGCUGCUGCUGUCAUCACUGCCCCUUGCACAAAGCACAGGCAUGGAAGGAUUUCAGGGUGCAACAUUUCCCAAACCCCCAGUUCACUUUUCUGUCACACAGUUUGCUCCCAAAGCAUCUCAUCACACCUUUGGACCCAAGCAGGACACGUGUCAUCACCUCCCCUCUCGGGGCGCAGCUCUCGUGCCAUGCAGGUGCAGUGCUCCAACACCAUGCUUUCCUGUGUCCUCUCCCCACCCCCGGGGCAUGAAUCACCCCCAGCAAAGAUAACACUGGGCCAGGAAAGUCUGCAGGAACCUUGGGACACAUGAUUGGAACCCCAGAAUACCGUGAGCAGCCAUGGAAGUUGGCACUAUCACCAAGCCGUAGCGCUCUGCCCUCAUUCAGUUUCCCCUUCUGCAGCUGCUCCUGGCACUUUGGCAGCCCCCAGAAAUGAGUCCCAGGAGCUGCAAAGACAGCAUGCAGCUCAUUGAGAUGCACAAGAAGAAGCAAUACCAGUGCAGCAUGCAACACACAAAGCGUCCUUCCCCUCUCUUCUGCAUCCAGCUCCAGGCACCACACUUAACAAAGCUUGCACAAGGGUGAGACGUUUGGGUUGCUCUGCAAAAAACAGGACUUGGGGGCAGUCUAGGAGGAAGAAAGGUCUUUUUCCUUGAGAAUGCCAAACAGGAGCAGACAUCUCUGUGAAUGUUCCACACAGACCCACUUUCCACUCUGCAGACUAUUUUAUAGAAGCUUGCCAGAAAGUGAUUUGCAGGCUGGCUCUUAAGAAGCAGAUCAUGACUUCUGGCAUCCAACUGAAAGGUUUGCAGCCCUGAACAGCAAAGCCUGGCUGAGGGCAUUCAGUGCUGAGCAGCAACAGAGCACCUGGUUUUGGCCAAAGACAUUCAGCAUUCAACAGGAAGGUCAAGGCAUGCAUUGCUCUGCAACCUUAAAGCAAACUUUAUUUCUGAAAACAAGCCCUCCAACCUGCCAGCACUAUCAGAGGAAAUACUGGAGCAGACUCACUUAGGAUCUGUUUGGCUUUCUGACCACUGUGAGCAGCAUCUCCUGGGGAAACCUCAGCACCAACAGGCAAAGGGGUAAAUUUGGUACAGCAGAGAAACCUUUCUGUCCCAUGGAUUAAGUUAUAUCCAAAUGUACGUACCCAAAUAGUACAACCUCCUGCUGAAGAAGUGACAGGAGUAGAAUUUAAGGUUAAGCCACUGCUGAACAUUUUGCUGCUCAACCCCAACAAGGGCACUUUGGUGUCCCAUCAAGAGCAGAUAAAGGCAGAGAGGCUGAUAGAAGAUGGCUCCCUCCACAUCAGCCCUACCAGCAUUCAGCCAGCCUAUGCCAGAAGGCACACACCUACCUUCCCCAGCCAGAAACGUGCACACUGCAAAGCUGAAGCCAUCUGGCUCCCAGCUCGCCAUCUGCACUCCUGGCAGCCGCGGGAGGAGCAAGAGCUGGAGGAAGCAACUCUGCAGAAAGCGCUUCUGCUCCAGGAAAACUAACCACCACUGCAGGGAGAGCAGGGCUGUGAUCAUUCCUUGUUGCCUCCUCCGGGUUUUUCUCCAAUCUAUAACAUGCUGGCCAAAGCAGCAACAGGAACAGAGGGACUCCUGUAGCACAGGUUUGCCACUGGCUGCGCAUCACCUUUUUGGCUGGUCCAGCUGUGGGUACAUACUCAAGUUACAUGGCUGAGGUUUAACACACGAUUCAAAGAAAGCCACGUAGAAGAAGUUAAAAUGCUCUCCUGACAUUUUGUAUUGACAUCCAUUCACACAUAGCCCUCUCCGCACUCUCCUUAGGAGCAUUUCACACUGUUAAAGUUUUCUGGCUGUAGCCAAAAGGGAAACCAGCUUUGCAUCAGCAGUAACAGACCCAGGGUCACCAGGUAAGGAAAGGGCACAGGAGGACAAGGUGCAAUGCCCACAGCAAGGCUGGAACGCGCCACUCAGUAUCACAGGGUUGUGUCACUUCAUCAAGGCUAAAAUAGCAUAGAAAAACAAACUCCCAGAGCAAACAAGACAAGCAGAGCCCUGCCAAGCAGACAGAGACAUCAUACAGUAGACACGAUGCGCUCUGAGCACUAACUGUGAACCUGCCUGCUUUUAUCAAAGUCCUUAUUGACUCAAUAAAACCACAAUCUUUCGAGCAAGGCUACUCCUGCCAGCAAGACCGUAGUCCUGCCCCUGGAGCACACGCUCUGCUGGCUUCUGCCCCUUGAUCCAGCUGGGAAUGGAACCUCUGCACCAGCAAGGCUCACAUAUUGCUUACAGUGUGGAAAGUGAGGGUGGAAAAGGAGAGCAUGAGUAAGCCCCAGCUAUGCUUGAAUACACAGACUGCUCCAGGAGGAGAGCAGAGCAGCAUGGACAGCACUACUCAGCUCUACAGGAUUCUGGACCUUUCUUCGUGUUGUUCCUCCUGAGUUCUUGGAGUGGUUCCCAGCUUCUCCUUCACAACCCUGCCUUGUCUACCAGGCCCAACAAGUGACUGUGUGCUGCCUCGCUUGGGCUGUGUGCCAUGGUGCCCUGUGUCCACUGAAAGCUGAGCAUCACCACCAGGAGCAUCUGCUGGGAGCCAUGGAGUCCCAGGAGAAGAGAGAAGAGGGUUUGGAAAAGGCUAAUCUUGCUAAACAACAGCUGGCAGAAAUAUUUCAGAGGGAAGGACUGGAUGAAGAAUACUGGCUUCCCGUGUUGUUGAAGGUAUUAGGUGUGAAAUCAAAAGAAGCCUUGAAACAUCUGCAAUAUGAAGACUAUCUGAAGCUGGAGAUUGAGGUACAGUACCCCUGGGAGAAAACGGCACUCCGAAAGCUUCUCCAAAUUACAGACAACAAAGCAACUCUUGAGGAGCUGCAGAAGCAGCGCCUGGAGAUGAUGAAGCAGAGGCAAAAAGAAGCCAAGUUAGCUCUGCAGGAGCUGAAAGAAACACAUCACAACCAGAGCAAGGGGAUGAUAGCACAGAAAGAAGAGGCACUAUGGCAAGCCAUGGAUAUUCCCAGGGAAUACUGGCCACCACCAGAGAAGGCCUUGGCAGAUGUGCUUGCAAGCAUCCAGAAGCAACUGGAGCAGCAGGAGAUGUCCUUGGACAGGAGCGAGAAUGUCUCUGAUGAGGAGGUCCUGAGACGGGCAUCAGGAGGACUGGCUCUGCAGGGCAUUUACCAAACCAACAGCCUGGCAGAUGUGCUGGCAAAACGAGAGCAGCUCAUCAGAGUCCCAGCUGGUUUCAGGCUUGCUGGUCCAGAGCAAGGGUCACUGCUUGAGAGGAAGGAGUUCUCCUCCUCUGCAGCAGAAGCCAAUUUCACCAAGUCCAUGGAGCAGCUGGGCUUCAGCCUAAGCGUUUCUGCCAAAGCUGGGUUCUGGGGGUUCAGUGUGGAAGGAGGUGAAGAUUACAGCAGCUCCUCACGCAAGGAAAGCACUCACCACUCACGUUCAGAGCAGGCGUACAUUUGUACCACCAAGUACCACUACGUCCCUCUGGCCUCCUGCUACUUCCAAAAGGACCAGCUUCGCCUCUCAGAUGGGGCCCUGAGGGAGCUGCAACACAUCGAGGAGCUUCUGAGCAUCACUCAGGAGGCAGACAGGCUCAACAUGCUGAAGAGCAAGUGUGCCACCUUCUUCAGCAGGUUUGGGUCCCACGUCAACCAGGGACCCCUCCACUUUGGGGGCAUAUUCUGGUGGAAAGCAUCUUCCGAAGGAUUCAGGACAGAGCAAAGGGAAGAGAUGAAGCAACAAGCAUCUGAAGCACUGAACUCCUUUGUCAGUGCGAGCUUCAGCAGCUUUGCUGGUAGUGUGGGAAUGAAUGUGGAAGUUUCAAAGUCCAGCUCACAGGCAUCACUUGGGAGAAGCGAUAGAGGCAGCAGCCACACUGCGAUUCAGCUCUCUGUGACCAACACCGGGGGUCCAUCGGAGACAGAUUCCCUUGCCCAGUGGAAGUGUGGGCUUGUGGCCAAUAACACAACCUGGUUUGUUAUCGACAGGGGCUUUCAGCUGAUCCCAGUGUGGGACAUAAUCCUGUCCAACCAUAGCAGUGAUUUUAAAUCCGCCCAUCAGCUGAGCAGCAGCAUCAGGGCUGCAUAUGAAGCACUCACGAAUCACAGUGUUGGCACAGUGUUUGGAGAGGAACUGGCCAGUGCUGUGGAAGAGGCCAGAGCUUUCCUGGAGCACGUGAAGACCUGGGAGGUCACCGGGGAUGAAAGGAAACUGCUCACACUGAUUGAUUUCAAAAAGUCUAUGAAUGAAAAAGCAAAAAAUCCCAGUGUCUGGAUCAACGUCUGCCUGUCAGAUAAAGCACUGCAGGAGUUCCUGGUGAAUACCGUUCUGUUUUGCCAAAAAUCACCUCCAGAAAACAUCACCUAUAUCAAAUCUCUGCUGCAGUGCCUGCUGGAUCCUCACAUCUAUUCUGUUAAGGACUUCCCCAGGGCUUCCUUCAUUAUGCAGUGGAUUUUCAACACUGAGCACACGUUUCCCAAAACUCCCAAUAUUUCUGAGAUUCAGGAUGUCAUCAAGACGCUGCUGCAAAUGAAGGAGCACAUUCAGGAAGUCACCUACUCACCAGCCACCUCUGGAUCUGCCAUUCAUGAAGCAAAGAUCAAAGCCACCCUGACUAUAAGCCUGGCUGUUUAUUCUUUGCUCCAGUAUCUGCGGGAAAGGGCAGAGAAAGACAUAGAACUAUUAGUGCUCUUAGUUACCACCACGAUAGGAUACCAAGUAGAAAGCAGCACUUUUCAGUACCUCCUUGGUUGUCCAGAAAUUAACUUCAUGGCCAAGGAAAUGCAAACAGCAUAUGAUGAGUAUCAGAGCCUGAAGGAGCAGGAUGUUUACAGAGCCGAGGCCUUCCUGCUCUUCACAGGCCUCACCAUAACAUUCGAAAGCAGUGAGGUGUCCCCUGAGCAGAAGAGUGACCGCUUAGUGUUCAUGGAAGAUAAGAUGGAGAGCUCAUGGUGUGCACAGAUAGAAGAUCUCCUCAAGAGACAGAAUGGGAUCAAGGACUGGGAGGGGCUGGAAAGAGACUUGCAGGCCUACAUCAGUGGGCAAUUGGAGGACACCUCUGUCGAUCUGAAGAAACACAGCAUAAUCAAAGACAUGGAAGAGACUUUUCCAGGAGUCCUGCCUCCCAUUCCAUCCAAACCCCACUCAGAUGACAGCACAUUCAAAACUAAUCAAGCCGGUGCAAACCCAGAGUUCCUCAACUUGCUGAAGCGCCUUGGGCUAGAAAGUUACUAUCCAAGAAAAAUGGACUCGGAAGACUUCCACGUCAUACACAAGACGUCUGUACAUGACAGCCAGCCCAGCAAGGAGAGUGAACUACCUUUAUACUUCCUGCAAAAGCUCUUGUGUGUGGACUACAGCGUGAGGUACCUGACUUGCAAGGAUGAGAGUAAGCCAGAAGUCACUCCUGCACCAAAAGCCACAGAGGAAGAGCCCUCUGAUUCCUUUGAUGACUUUUUCAGUAAUUUGGAUGCAGGAGCUCCUGCAUCUGCGACCAGGGAGAGCCACGUGCACCCUAUGGACCUCCAGAUGGCCAUUUUUCAUUGCGCCAAUGAUUUCAUGAGGCAGUACAUUGCAUCAAAGCUUGCCUUCUGCCAGUUUGCACUCCCCCUCCUAGUACCCAACCCAUGCACUUCACAGAUCGAGUUCCCUCUCUGGUCCCUCAGCCAAAUCAAAAAGAGCUGGAAAGGAGCAGCAAAAUCGGGAGAGCAGACUAAAAGUAGCAGCUACAAAAACAAACUCAUUUAUCAGGCUGAGACACCCAUCGUGUCCUUCAUACGCAUCGGCAGCUCUCCUUUCUCGUCCAAGUCUCAGCUCCUGAACGCUCUGCUGAGCAAACAAAAACAUGACACGUUUUUCCACCGGCACUGCAAAGGCAGCACCAAGGACUGUUUGCUGAUGAAAGGUGUGGUGGAGAUCUCCUGGUAUUGUCCCCGUGGUAGCGAUGACGACAGUUUUGACAGCUGUGUUGCUUUCUGUAACCUGCACGGAGAUGCCAGGGAUCACGAGGCACAGCUGAGCUUCUUGCAGGAGAUGUCUGCUGUGAACGUGGUUCUCAUUUCUGAGUCAGAUCAGAGUGAUAAGAAAGGCAGAAAAAUUUUACAAGACCUGUGGCAGUCUCAGAGGCCUUUGGUUUGUCUUUUCACUGAGAAAGAGAACAUUGCAGCUGGCCGGUCUGGCCAAAACGUAAGAAUAGGUAUCAAGAACAGGAACGAAGCAGAAUUAUUGGGCGAGCUGACAAAAACAAUCCGAGAUCUCCUGGAGGGCUCGAGCACACUCUGCAGCCUCGAAAUGUGUCUGGGCACAGCUCGCCAGCACAGCUUCUUAGUUGAUGAAGAUGCAGAAGCAUGUGUGAUAGCCAAAGAAAAGGCAAAGGAGCUGGUGAAGCUGCUGAAGGGAGAGAAGCUGUUUGAGAUCAAAUCAAAGCUACUGCCUCUUCAAGGAGAACUGUGGUACAAGUGGUGUAAAAAGGACAAAGAACUCACUCGCUUGCAGGAGAAGAGGAACAAGAGCAUAGAACAUCAUCGGAGCCAAAUUGAAAGGGAUAAGUCUGCAAUAAGAAGAAAGCAACUGGACAAGGCCCUUCCUCUCAAUCAUGUGAUGAAAUCAGUCCUUGGCUUUCUCCAUUCACAGCCCGUCAACACCAAGAAAUACUUCCUGCAGUGGAUGAAGGUCUUCAUGGAUGACCUGUCCUCCGAUCGCCUUGAUGAACUGAAGAGAGAGUAUCAUCAGUUAUGGUCUCAAAUCCUGGCAAUAAAGAAAAGCAAUGAAGAAAACAACUCCAAAACUCUAAUGAUGAAAAAGUUAGAUUCCCUUUCCAAUGAGAUCAAUGAUUCGUCCAUUGGUCUUGAGCAUAUUUUGAGAGAGGUAGGACAGAUUUAUGAGGCUCUUGAAUCAACAGACUCCAAAGAUGAACGUUUACAAAAACUACCGGAAAUUGCAGCUGAUCUGAUGGUUUCAGGGUACCCCAUUGAGCUGAUGGAUGGUGAUGCUUCGUACGUACCCUUACAAUGGGUUGCAGCAAUCUUUGACAGGUUAAUUGAGAAGUUAGGUGACACACGAGUCUUUGUCCUCUCCGUGCUUGGCAUCCAGAGCACAGGGAAGUCAACCCUACUGAAUGCCAUGUUCGGUCUCCAGUUCAAUGUCAGUGCUGGCAGAUGCACCCGGGGAGCUUUUAUGCAGCUCAUUAAAGUGGACGAGGAGCUGCAGCGGGAUGUGAACUUUGAUUACAUGCUGGUUGUGGACACAGAGGGACUUCGUGCCAUAGAGAUGGCCAAUAAGCACUCACUGAAUCAUGACAACGAGCUGGCCACCUUUGUCAUUGGCAUUGGCAACAUGACACUGAUCAACAUCUUUGGAGAGAACCCUUCAGAAAUGCAAGACAUCCUUCAGAUUGCAGUGCAGGCUUUUCUGAGGAUGAAGCAAGUCAAGCUUUCCCCAGGCUGCCUGUUUGUACAUCAAAACGUGGGUGAAAUAACGGCAAAGGAACAGAACAUGGAAGGACAAAGGCGUCUGCAGGAGAAGCUGGAUGAAAUGACAGUGACAGCAGCCCAGCAGGAAUUCUGUGACAUCACCUGCUUCAGUGAUGUCAUCCGCUUUGACGUGAACACCCACAUUCAUUACUUUGCUCACCUGUGGGAGGGUAACCCGCCAAUGGCACCACCCAACCCCACCUACAGCCAGAACGUCCAGGAAUUAAAGAGCAAAAUUCUCCUAGCUGCCAGGAAGGAAUCUCCAGGCAGUGUUCUGAGGCUCUCCAGCUUGAAAGUUCGUAUUAGUGACCUGUGGAACGCCUUGCGGAAUGAAAACUUCAUUUUCAGCUUCAAGAACUCGGUGGAGAUUGCUGCAUACAAGAAACUGGAAACCUCCUUUAGUCAGUGGACCUGGAAACUGAGAAGGCGCAUCUUAGACUUGCAAAUGCAGCUGGACAAUAAGAUUCGGAACGGAAACCUGGAGAAAAUCACCACAAAAGAACUUGAAAAACAGGUGCAAGAAACAAGUGAUGCCAUCACAAAAGAAAUGGGGAAGUUCUUCAGUGAGGACAGAGACUGUGAGAUACUGAUUCAGUGGAAAGCUAGUAUGGAACUGAAGCUGAAAGAUCUAAAAGCAUCCCUUCUUGAUGAAGCCAGGAGGAAGUGUGAGAAACUGCUAGAACUAAAGAAGAACCAGAGUAGACUGGAUGAGAGGAAAUCUGAAUAUGAAAAUGAGCUCCUGAAAAAGAGCAGGGAGCUGGCUCUCUCUGUUAAAGGCGAGGGAUUAAGUGAACAAGAACUGAGAAGGAACUUUGAUUCCCUCUGGCUAACCUGGGUUACUGAAGUGUCUUCUAAUGCUCCCCCUCUGGAAGAGGUGAACAUUGAUGCGGAAAUAGAAACUGUCCUUCUAGACCACUUUAAGGAGCCUAAAAUAGAUGAACGAAUUGAGAAGUUUUCCAAACAGACCACCUUUUCACUUGAUGAGAAGAAACACGUAUCCCAGAAAAAGAUGUGGGAUAAAAUUUUGUCUCAUUUGCGUGAGUCUGAUUUGAGCACCUUACAGCUCAUUACAGAUCGCAUCAUAAGGCGUGUGAAGGAAAACAUUGACCAGAAGGAAAAGGACAAAAUGGAUUACAGUCACACUUUCAUUCAUGAAAUACUAAAGGAAGUGCAAGAAGGUACGAAUACUGUCCCUAGCACUGAAAAACAUACAUUUACCAAAGAUUACAGCAUAGAUCUUUCAGUGUAUCUGUGCAAAACAGCAGCAGCCAGGUUUAAAGACAUGCACGCAGCCUUUAGGAAAGCAAAUGACCCAGUCAUCUACUUGGAGAGCAAGAGAGAAGAUUUCUUCACAUGUUUCCAGAUUUCUUGCCAAGGAGCCACUUCUAUCACAACAUUUGCUGAUUUCCUGUGCAGCAAGAUUGCCCCAGGUCUUCGCCUGGCCGUCUAUGACAAGACAGCUCUUGUCAUAGCUGAACGCAUGAGGAGCGAAAUACCAGAUUUCAAUGGCAGUAGAGCCAAUCUGGAAGUUUGCAUACUGAAGUACCUGGCACAAGAAGAGAAGUUUGAAAAAUUCAAGCAGUACCUUACUUCCCCAGUAGACUUUUUGGAGAGUUACAUUCAGACACGUGUGAAGGCAUACUGUUUAGAUCAGAACAGUCGGCUGGUGAUGUUUUUAGAUACAACUCUUGCCCAGUACUAUGAAGCCAUUCUGAAAGCUGUCAUUGCAUCAACCACAUUUGUUAAGGACAGAAGAGACAGCAAUAAGAGAAUCUCUCUUUGGCUGGAUGAAUUCUGCAGAGAACUUGGAGGGGUCCUAAGAUUGCCCAGGAGUGACCUGGUUGGCAUUGAACACCUGGAGAUAACAGACAUAGAGUUCCUGAAUAACGCCAUGACGGAGGCACUUUCUCCCCUGAGGGAUCGUCUCAAGGAAGAGUUUGCUCGUGCUGGUUUGAGCUCAUUUGAAAAGCAGCCUCAUAAAAUACUGCUGAAACAGUUUCCAGGGUGCAAGGAGCAGUGUCCAUUUUGUAAGGCAGUUUGCACAAACACUAUACCAAACCAUGAUGGAGACCACCAGCUUGUCUUCCAUCGUCCAAAAGUUUUGGGCAGAUACAAAUGGCAUAAAACAGACAACUUGGUCAUUGAUAUUUGUUCUAGCAGUGUUGUCAGCGACUGUUCCUUCAGGAUUGGUGAAGACACAUGGAUCCCAUACAAGAAAUACCGAGAUGCAGGACAUCCUUAUUCCACUUGGAACAUUCUUCCUGAUACAUCCGUGCAAAAAUACUGGAAAUGGUUUGUGUCUCAUUUCAGGGCACAGCUAGAAGAAUUCUACAAAGGUAAAUUUCAAGGUAGAGGAGAAAUCCCUGAUUCAUGGCGCACAGUUACAAAGCAGGAAGCACUUGACGAACUGAGGUAGGCUAAGUUGACAUGAAGGAAAAUCUGCAACUGCUUUGCAUUUUGGAGGAAGAUGACAUGAGGCUAUCCACAAAAUAUUGUUGUAACAAUUACAGCCUUCCACGGUUUCAUAAGAACUGCAUCUCACUGCUUGUAAAGCUGGACAGAACGAGGUGUGCUACUCCUGCCACUCCUCAGAAAUGCCCCUGCUUCAUGAUAAAGUCAAACUCCUCUUCUUGCCAUAGAUACUUGCAUCAGCUUUGUCUCAGAGCAAGAAAAGAACACAUUUCUGCAGCAACCAUUCCUACAGACAAGGUUGAGACCAAGGCAGCAUUGGAAAGUACCAAAUUAUCUGCAGCUAUGUGAAAAUAAAUGACUCUGGCAAAAGAACAGAUUCCCUGCAGGAAAUCCUUGUCACACUUAAAGAAAGGACAGUGAUGUCUGAGAGCAGGUAAACAUUUGUGGGGAGCUGAAAACCCCUUCUUGCUAAACUUAGGGCUCAGCUCAGUUAUAGUGAUUUAAUUGCACGUUCAUUAGGUAUCCUUCCUAUGCUAAGAUGUGCUCACACUCCCAUGAGCUCCUGCUCAGAUCCCCUGGCACACUUCCCUUCAUCUUGCAGCCAAUCUAACUACAUUUAGCAUGUGCUUGGAUUCUGGGCAAAAGUCCCCCGUAUAACCAACGUAGAGAAUUAGUUAUCUCUGCAGCUUCCUCAGUAGGCAUCAGCAGUGUGUGAUGUCAGCAUCUGUGUUGUGAAGGCAGGUGGGAACUGGUUGCUGGUCUGGAGAACAUCUCACCAGCUCUGCCUGUACCAGCACAGCAGACAGUGGGGUUUGCUGCACAGUUCCUGCAGUACAGUUGAUUCUCCUGGAGAUCUGAUGAUUCGUUAUAAUUUGUAGUCUUUGCUAAUAAACUGGUAGAGUUGGACUGGAA